AAAACAUAGAUUAUCUAUAUUUGGCGCCACUUAACUCAACCAACGGUUGAAAAAUGAGAAUUGCCAAUUGAGGGUAGUUACCCAUCAUCACUCAACAUUAUCGAGUUGGCAUUGGCACAAACGAGGCCUUCAUCUUCAUGCAUGUAAGGCCACCUUUCCUCUCCACCCCCUCCACCAAAUCCUCUAAUCAAGGAGGAGGUUCGGUGCAUGCAUCACGCCAUGGCAGCCACCACCGACGAAUGCAACGACGAAAACGCCAACGUCGUUCUUGGGGUGCCCCUUUUCUUCAAUUUCUUUGACAACAACAACGACAAGCUCAAGGAGGAGAGACCCCAAGAAGAUCAUGAUUGUGAUCUCGAUGAUGAUCCUGAGGUCGCAUCUUUGGUGGCAGAUAACAACAAUAACGGGACCCCAAGUCCCGCUGAGAUCAAACUCAAGAUAAAGAAAUCGUUGCUGGAGUUCCGUUGCAAGGUUGAGAACGCCAUUCUUGGAAACUUUUUGUUAGGGCAACCGGAUAAGAAAGCUGCACCAGAAGAUGUAGCUAUGGCGAGGGAACGGCUUAGAGAGAUUUCUCUCUGGGGUGUUCCUUUGAUGCCAAGCAAGGCUCACGAGGGCACUGAUGUUGUUUUGAGGAAGUUCCUGAAGGCCAAGGAUUACAAAGUCAAUGAGGCCUUCGACAUGCUUCAGAAGACUCUCAUAUGGCGACGUGAGAACGACAUUGACCGCAUAAUUGAUGAUCAGGAUUUGGCUGCUGAGUUUGGGAAUGCAGGGUACUUGUGCAGUAGGGAUAGGGAGGGUCGUCCUGUGUGUUACCAUGUUUGUGGGGUUUUCAAGGACAGGCUCUUCUACAAGAAGACGUUUGGGACACAUCUCAAAGGUGACAAGUUUUUGAGGUGGCGGAUUCAGCUCAUGGAAAAGGCUAUUCAGAAGCUCAACUUUAGACAAGGAGGAGUGGACUCGAUUCUUCAGGUUUUUGAUUUGAAGAGCACACCAAUCCAUGGAACCAAGGAGAUCAACUCACUCAGCAAAAGAACUCUAUUUCUGUUUCAGAACUACUACCCUGAGCUCGUUCACAAAAAUAUUAUUGUGUAUGCUCCAUUUUGGUUCUACACGUCUCAAGUCCUAUUCUCAAGGUUCAUGAACCAGAGAAAUAAAAAGAAGUUCAUCUUAGCUAGGCCACAUAAGGUCACGCAGACACUUCUCAAGUCUAUAGCCGCGGAACAUCUUCCAUGUGAAUACGGUGGUCUAAGGAGGAACAAUGAUGAUGAUUUCUCGCCUUCUGUUAAGGCUCAAGAGCUUAAAAUCAAAGGAAGUACGGUUUCUAGAGUUGAAUUUCCGGUCAAAGAGCUUGGAGUAACACUAACGUGGGAUGCAACUGUGGUGGGAUGGGAUGUGACCUACAAGGAAGAGUUCAUUCCAGAUGAUGAAGGCUCAUACAGUGUAUUACUGCAAAACCAAAAUGUAGAGGGUAGCAGCACUAGAAACUCCUUUUACAUCAGUGAACCUGGGAAGAUAGUGAUAACAGUUGAAAAUGGAACCUACAAGAAGAAGAAAAUGUACUAUAGAUCUAAGGCUAGAACCACCGUUCCCAUGUACAUCUUGUUAUCGUAGAAAUGGCUUCCCAGCUUCAAGUUGAUUUGAAGAUAUUCUUUGUAUAUUCACACUCAGUUACCAACAUGAAAUUGCUGGCAGCAAUAUAGACCCGUUUUGCUCGCUGCUAAAGAUUCAAUGGUUUUAGUUCACGCCUUCAAGAAUUGAUUGUUUACAUAACCAUAUGUUUCUAAUGGUUUUAACACUUGGACAUGAAAGCAAUGAAUUGAUGGAACAGAAAUUUUUUAUGUUACAACUAAAUAUUUUUGCCAAGUUCAAUCAUAGUGAGUUUCAUUUAUUUGAA